AUGGCUGAAGGAUAUACUCAGAUAUUUCAGUCCGGGCCCCUGCUGAUGGUUAUGGCUUCGCUCAUAACAGGUUUGGCGUGGCUUUUUUAUCUUAUCCAGCCAGCAUUGCUAGCAUCAUUCUCAGCAAAAUAUGGAUCAUUCAGAUGGGUAGAUGGAAGUCCAGGCUUUCUCGAGUUUAUUGAACUUUCAUGCAAGUGUGUUUUUCACGCCGGAGAAUUGUUCACCGUUGCGUAUAAGCUCCUCAAGACUGCCAAUGGACUGCUCUUGAUCCCGUUUCCACAUUCACCUACCGGCUUUUUACUUCUACUUCCUAAAGAGCUCAUCGCAGAGUAUGCCCGGCAACCUGAAUCCAUCGUCUCAUUCCACACAUACGUUAGAAAUGCAAUGCAUGCCAAGUACAGUCUCUUUGGAGACAACGUCCUUGACAACAAUAUUCAAAAACCUAUUGUAUACCGUGAACUAUUCCAGAAGCUCCCUGAUAAGAUGGACAUGAUGAAUGAAGAGCUUGUUAUGGCCAUCAAUGAUGGUGUGACAGCUAAUUUGGAUAGUCACGGCGAGAUUAGCAUAAAUAUGUGGGACACAGCUACCGCAAUAUUGUCUCGCGCCAGCAAUAGGAUCAUUGCUGGUCAUCCCCUUUGUCGGAAUCAGGAGUACUUGGAUGCCGCCGUACAUUAUGCUGUUAGCAUGUUCUCGCUUGCUGUAUAUCUACGUUUUAUACCCCCGUUCUUACGACCAUUGCUUGCUUCUUUGGUACGGCGGCCUCUCUCCAGAGACCGAGAUAUCGUAGCCAAGCAUGCAAUUCCGGUCAUCGAAGAGCGCAUGAAGAUGAUCGAGGAGGCCGAAAUUAAAGGGGUUGAGCCUAAGCUUCCAAACGAUCUUCUAAGCGCGGCCCUGAAAGUAGCCCGAAAGGACUCAAAUUCCAAGCUGGAGUAUACACCAAUGAUGAUGGUCAACCGCAUCCUAGCAUUCAAUUUCCUGCAGUCAUAUUCCAACACAUUAACUGUGACCAAUGCUGUUUACGACCUCACUUCCCUUCCUCAAGCAGAGUUUGACCGUACCGUCACAGACACACGCGCCGAAUUAUCUUGGGAGUUACGAAGGCCUAAUGCCUGGAGUCACGAUUUUGUCAAUUGA